GUGAUGGAGCAGUGUGUGGCUGGUCUGUACCAGUCUUUAGGUCGUUCUCUUGGAGGACAGCUUUCUCCUCAGGAAGUGUGUGUUCUGUUCCAUAAGGUGUUCCAUCUACACACCGGCUUGGAGGAUGCACACACAGCUAUAAAGAAGGUUGCAGGGGAUGAUGAGAGUUGGUCCAGCAGUGAUGGAAAGGUUUUAGAAGUUCUCCUUGAGAUGGAAAGAGAGAGAGAAAGGAGAGACGAGAUCUACUGGGACCUUCAGUUACUCAACACAGGAAAACUCAGAGACUUGUACCACACAGACGCACACACACACACCACAGACACACAUACAAGAGACACGCACACCAUACACCUCAACCAAGACCUGUACCACACCACCAGUCAAGCGCAGUACGACAGAGACACACAGAACAUACCCACAGGGAAGGAAAAGGGAAAGGAGAGAAAAGAGGGAGGAGUGUGUGGGUGGAGACUGAGGAGAGCAGUUAGACAGCGCUGGGCCAGACUGGUGCAGGAGGGUGUGUGUGGAGCCCUGCCGUCUUUAAGUGGUGGUCGGGGGUCAGGGGUGAGAAGUCAGGCAUUGGGGUGUGUCUCUCUGUCAGAGCUACUCCUACUGGUAGGAGUGAAGUAUGAUGCCGUCACACACAUACUCUUCACAGAGAUGCUGCAGGAACACCAUGGGCUGGUUGCCUGGAAGGCACUGUUGCCAUGGGAGCGUGAGGAGAGGGAGGCGGAGCUAGGUUUGCUAUGGGAGGAGACUCAGGAGUCAGAUGACAUGCUGAGUCUGUCUGACCUACCUGGAGCCUUCAGGAUAUACAGGUGCAGUGAGGGUGUGUCCCUGAGGGGCUGUCCUGAUUUGGUGAAACCCAGGGAGCAGUCUUGGUCGGCCAUCUCUCUCCUCACUGAAAUACACACCAGCCUUGAGCACGAGACAAACACUCUCACUGCCCUGGCCAAGAGACUGGACAGGGAAACCCUGCAGUUGAUGGGUCUGUAUGCCAGCCUGGCCACCAUCAGAGCUCAGAGGGAGACACUGUCCCAUGGUGCACUGCUGGCAGCCAGACAGGACUGGGAGACAUGGCCCAGGAUUAUAGGGUCCUGCAAGAGAGAUCAGGCCCAGCUCUGGCUGCAGGAGAAGGAGGAGGAGGAGGAGGAAGAAGAGGAAUCCUCUGUCUUUCAACAACAGGUGGUGCUGAGGUGUCUGGUACUGAAUCAGGAGCGGGAGAGAAAGUGUCUGCUGAGGCUGCUGCACGGGGACUCCCCAGACAAGCUACAGGGACCAGGAGAGCAGAAGUCACCUAUAGAGGGUCAGUUUGUAUAUCAAAUAUAG